CGUUUGCAGCUCGAUUUAGGGUUUGGAGCUGGUUUGGUUGUUGGUUUUUCUUGGUAAGGGACUUCGUUGAAGUUGCUGAUGGCUCAACCGUCGAGCUCGAGCAGAGCUAGGGUUGUUGGAGACUAUAUCGUUGGUAAACAAAUCGGAUCAGGAUCCUUCUCUAUCGUUUGGCACGCGAGGCACCGAGUACUUGGCACGGAAGUUGCAAUCAAGGAGAUUGGGAUGGAACGUCUGGGCAAGAAAUUGCAGGAGAGCCUCUUGUCGGAGAUUGAUAUCUUGAAGAGAAUUAACCAUCCUAAUAUCAUUCGGUUGCACAAUAUUAUUCAGAGUCCUGGAAGAAUACUUUUGGUAUUGGAAUAUUGCAGAGGGGGUGACCUUUCUAUAUUUAUUCAACGUCAUGGUGGAAGAAUUCCAGAAGCAACUGCAAAGCACUUCAUGCAGCAGUUAGCUGCUGGUUUACAAAUCCUCCGUGAAAAUAAUCUUAUACACCGAGAUCUAAAGCCACAGAAUCUCCUCCUUUCCACAAACGACAAGCAUUCCGUAUUGAAGAUUGCAGAUUUUGGCUUUGCAAGGUCAUUACAACCUAGAGGCCUGGCAGAAACAUUAUGUGGCUCCCCGCUCUACAUGGCUCCAGAAAUUAUGCAAUUCCAGAAGUAUGAUGCAAAGGCAGAUCUCUGGAGUGUGGGGGCUAUCCUGUUUCAGCUUGUAACUGGGAAGACCCCAUUUACUGGAAAUAACCAACUACAGUUGCUGCAGAACAUUUUGAAAUCAAAUGAAUUGCGCUUCCCUUCAGAUAAUACGGAUUUGAGUUCUGAUUGCCUUGAUUUAUGUCGGAAGUUGUUGCGUCGCAACCCUGUGGAAAGACUAACUUUUGAAGAGUUCUUUAACCAUCCAUUUCUUUCUCUCAACAGACCCAGUGAUUCACUGAGGAAUAGUAUUGCAUCAAACACCAGUGAUUCUUUUCCAUUGGCUGAAUGUGAUCCUGGGAGGCACAGAGAAGAAAGUUCACAGGAGGAUUGCAUGCCUUUCCCUUUGGAAGUUGAUUCUAGUGGUCCUGAUGUGAACCCGUCUUUCCUCAUGAAGGGGGCCUUAAUGAGAUCAACUUCUGGAUUUUCUGGGGAUACAAAAGUCAAUAAAGUGGCAGCAGCUUCUAAUGUUUCCAACAAGAUGGAUAUUGCUUCUAGCUAUGGUUCCACACAUAAACUGGAAAAUACUGGAUUUAGGCCUGACCAGCAGAGACAUUUAGGUGGAAAUCUCAAAGGACCUUUUCUAGUCAUGGACCAACGACCAUUUAAGGCUUCUUCCAAAGUUGUAGAUUCACUGGAGUUCAUUGAUCAGGAUUAUGUUCUUGUUUCUGGACCCUCAGCGGAGGUGUCGGCUUCAUCUAUCAGUGCAUCAAGGUCACGCCACUCACAAUACAAAUCAGAGAGUUCCCCAAUGGCAUCUGUAAGUAAUAAUACCACAUCAAGUGUGCCGAUGCCAAUUAUUGGUGCCGCAGUUCGGAAUACCUGUGGUGUUGGAAGCUUGGAUAGUCACAGCUCGGCGCCUUCUGGAACUUCACAAGGAUCCAUGGAUAUAGGAGAUGCUUUGGAGCAACCAUCAUCUCAUUGCCUGACAAGGAUUAGGUCAUUGCAGCAGUGUGCUUCUGCUGUUACGGAAUUAGUAAAUGAAAAGAUCGAGACAGGUAGGCAAUUAGAAGCCUUCUCAAUUCAGCUUGUAAUCUUAGCGAUUUGGAAGCAAGCACUUCAUAUUUGCCAUACGCAAGCUGCAUCGGCUGUUGAAGGAAGUCCAACUCAAGACAGUACUCGAGUCAGGGGAAGCACCAACAAGAAGCACAGUGGUCCUGAUGUCCAGGAAAGAGUUGAUAUUGUUGAGACUGAAGGACCUGAGGCUGUUUGCUCUCAGAUUGAGAAGGAAUUUCUUCUUGAGGUUGGGCAUGCUGAGGAACUUGCCAGAGAUCUUGAACCAAUUGAUUGGGCAACAGAGAUGCCAGACGCAAUGGAGACAAUAUUCCAAUCUGCCCUUGCAUUUGGCAGACAUGGUGCUGUUGAAGAGCUGAUGGGUGAUAUGGAGAGUGCGGCAUCCCUGUAUUCAAAAGCUGUACGCUUGUUGAAUUUUCUUCUGGUAGAAGCACAGUCCCUCAUCUUGAACCCACCCUUCUCCCUUACAAAUUCAGAUCGGUUUCGGCUCCGGAUGUACAUUGAUAUCCUAAAUAACAGGCAGGGCCAGUCCAGGUCUCAGAGAUUGGCCCUUUUCAAGUGUGAGGUUCAACAAUCCCCCCCUUGAAGACUUGGUUCAUAUUUAAUACGUUGGCCAAUGAUGGGCUAUGUUUAUAAUGUAAAUCAUUUAUUUGUACAGCAAUUCUUUUGAUAUCUCUUGGAUGAUGAAACAAGGAAUGGGUUUCUAUUUGGGAUAAAAGGGAUUUUGUUAAUAUUGGCAUUCUGUAAUUUAAAGGAAGCUUACGAGAUGAAUAGUGAA